AGAGUUGAUGAUUAUCCAUUGACGCGUGUAGAAGGGAGAAAUUGUUGGGAAGGUAUAAGGAGUUAGAGCGAUUUGUUGGUCUCUCUUCAAGGAAAAGAAAGGGAACCAGAAUAAAUGCAGAGGUUGUCAUCUUCUUUUAGAGCUGUCGCUCCUCAGUUCCAGAUACUGCGCCAGGCCUCCUUGCUGAGAUUUUCAACAUCUGCACUCUUUGAUGAUACCCAAAAACAAUUCAAAGAAAGUGUUGCGCAGUUCGCACAAGAAAACAUUGCUCCCCAUGCUUCUAAGAUUGAUGCAACCAACAAUUUUCCAAAGGAUGUCAACUUGUGGAAGCUUAUGGGUGAUUUCAACCUGCAUGGAAUUACUGCCCCUGAGGAAUAUGGAGGGCUUGGUCUUGGCUACUUGUACCAUUGCAUAGCUAUGGAAGAAAUUAGUCGUGCUUCUGGAUCUGUUGGCCUCUCUUAUGGUGCACACUCGAACCUUUGCAUUAAUCAAUUGGUGAGGAAUGGGAAUGCUAGUCAAAAGGAAAAGUAUUUACCUAAGCUGAUCAGUGGGGAGCAUGUUGGAGCACUAGCAAUGAGUGAACCAAAUUCUGGUUCUGAUGUUGUUAGUAUGAAAUGCAAAGCUGACCGUGUGGAGGGUGGUUAUGUUCUAAAUGGGAAUAAAAUGUGGUGUACGAAUGGGCCUGUUGCACAAACACUGGUUGUUUAUGCAAAAACAGAUGUGUCUGCUGGCUCAAAAGGCAUAACAGCAUUUAUUAUUGAGAAGGGAAUGAAAGGCUUCAGUACUGCCCAGAAAUUAGAUAAGCUUGGAAUGCGCGGAAGUGAUACAUGUGAACUUGUUUUUGACAACUGCUUUGUUCCUGAUGAAAAUGUCCUUGGGGAGGAAGGGAAAGGUGUUUAUGUCAUGAUGUCAGGUCUAGAUUUAGAGAGGCUUGUUCUAGCUGGUGGCCCUCUUGGUAUCAUGCAAGCUUGCCUUGACAUUGUUAUCCCGUAUGUUCGUCAACGGGAGCAGUUUGGCAAGCCUAUUGGUGAAUUUCAGUUUAUACAGGGAAAGUUGGCUGACAUGUAUACAUCCUUGCAGUCAUCAAGAUCAUUUGUUUAUUCAAUUGCAAGGGAUUGUGAUUCAGGGAGAAUUGACCGAAAGGACUGUGCAGGAGUGAUACUCUUCGCAGCUGAAAAUGCAACCCAGAUCGCUCUACAGGCAAUUCAGUGUCUGGGCGGAAAUGGAUAUGUAAACGAAUACCCUACAGGCCGUUAUUUGCGCGACGCUAAACUAUUUGAGAUAGGGGCAGGAACCAGUGAGAUCAGAAGAACGAUUAUUGGUCGAGAGCUCUUCAAAGAGCAGUAGUUUCCAUUUCCAAUAAAAUGGUUUGUCACAUAAUUAGAUCAAAGGUGAACGAUGUUAUUGGAGGUGAUCUAUACAAUCCAGCUGCUGUAUGGUGAUCAGGCCUUGCUUGGAGAUGAACCGUGCUGCUGGGUUUUUUCACCCACAUGCACACCUUGUCAAGGGAUGGGAGGAAGAGCAUAUCAUAAUAAGAAAUCUGUUCAUCGCGAGUGUCAGAUUUAUAGAUAAAUACUUUCACUCACUGAUGUUUGUAUAUGAUGUAAGUUUAAACAAUCAAAAUGAGACCCAUUUCUAAUUCUAUUAAAAGACGCAAUUUCAUUGCCGCAAA